AAAGAAAAAGAAACCAACAGAGAGAGACGAUGCUUCUCUACUUGUCAUCCCUGCCAGGUCCCACCUGGCUGGAGUUGUAAACAAAAUUGAGGGUUGCCCGAGGGUGAGGAAAACGGAAGUUGGAGGGGGAAGGAAGACCGUGGUGGUGCGAGACUGCGAGGUGUCCGCGUCAGUAGCACGGCGGUCACAGAUCCUUUCGGAGCCGAGAACCUAGCUGAUCGCGUGUGAACAGUCAUCCGAAUCUUGUUCCGCAACGUGUGAUGGACCAAAAUCGAAUCGUCUAUAUAUCUAUACAGUGACAAUAACAGAACAACAAGCCUGACAAAGAUACCCUAAGUUCGUCAAAGACAGAACGAAAAUAGUGUCGAAAUUGAUGAUCGAAAAGGUACCGUCGAUAACCACGAACUGACCGAUCCGCGAAGUGGAGAGACUCUGAAAACAUUCCCCCGUGGCGAUCCAUUGAUCGUCCGAGUUGCCGCACACACGACGGACGUACUGCCCGAUCGAGAGCAGCCGCGAUGUCAACGUUACACCGGUCGUUGACACAGUUCCCGGGUUGAAAAUCGGACGCCUUCCACCGCGGCCACAGUUGGAUCCAGCCGAAGACAACGGACAGAAAACGGGUGUUUGUUGGACAGUGGGUAUCGAGGAUGAAGUCCGAGGGGAACAACGGUUACCUCAGGGCCACCGUGAUCAACGAGCAGAAUGAAGUGACGCCGGGCCCCGGUCAGGAGAUACCUGCCGGGAACGCUAUUCAGGUGACCUACGGUCCUCAUGGAAACACGACCACCACGGUGCUCCACCAUCCUGGGAACAGUCGAAGGCCGAUCGGCGGCAUAACAAGGGCCACGUCGAUCACUCGUAGACGGCGAGAGCCGGCCAGCAGGCAGCAAUUGCUCGGUGUUCUGGCCGUCACUUUGUUCGCUACUUGCCUUUUCAUUCUUCUGUUGCUGGCGCUGAACACGAGCCGCGAGUGCGUCCAGGAGACCCGUCCGAACGUCUGCAUGACGGAGGAAUGCGUCAGAACAGCGGCGAGUUUACUGUCAGCGAUGGAUCGAACAGCGGCGCCCUGCGUGAACUUCUUUCAAUACGCCUGCGGCACGUGGAACCAGGUGCACAUGAUACCAGAGGAUCGUAGCUCGAUCAGCACAUUCGAGGUGCUAGCGGACCAGUUACAAGUGAUCCUGAAGCGGGUCCUAGAGGAAGCGCCGAACAGUAAAGACAACGCUGCCACCCUGAAGGCGAAGAUGUUCUACAAGUCGUGCAUGGACAUCCCUCGGAUUAGGAAGACCGGUGAUGCCCCGCUGAAAAGGGCUCUACUAUUACUUGGGGGAUGGCCAGCGGUGGUGGGCCCGUCUUGGAAACCGCCCUCGUUCACGAUCGAGGUCCUGUUGGGUCGACUACGCGGCGAGUACAACGAGGGUGUCUUGCUGGAGCAAUGGGUCGGCCCGGACGACAAGAAUUCCUCCGCCAACAUCCUCCAGUUGGAUCAGAUGCAGCUGGCGUUGCCGAGUAGGGACUACUACCUGAAGAAGAAUAGCGAGGCCCAGCUGAACGCGUACCAUCGUUACAUGACCAAUGUCGCAGUGUUGCUCGGGGCGGAUCCCAGGACUGCGGCGAAGGAGUUCGAGCAAGUGAUCCUUUUGGAGAAACAGUUGGCCAAUGCGUCACUGCCAGAAGCAGAUAGACACGACACAUCCGCCAUGUAUCGUAAGCUGACGUUGCGCGAGCUGCAGCAUGAGAUACCGCUGUUUAAGUGGCGGGCUUACCUCGAGGCAUUUAUCAGUGUUCCGAUUACCGAGGAGGAACCAAUCGUGGCGUACGCCAUGCCUUAUUUCGUGGAGAUGGUUCGUAUUGUGGAGAGAACAGAUCGCAGAACCCUACAUAAUUAUAUACUCUGGCGAUUGGUCAUGUCGAUAAUGCCCCACAUGAUAGACGACUACCAGCAAAAAAGGGUUGAAUUUCGGAAGAUCCUUCAGGGCAUAUUAAGCGAGCGAAAUAGAUGGUCUCAGUGUGUUGAUUGGACGAAUAAGAAGUUAGGCAUGGCUGUGGGUGCUCUUUUCAUACGUGACAACUUCAAUCACGAAAGCAAGAAAACUGCGCUUGAGAUGAUUCAUACUAUUCGGGAGGCGUUCAACGAGCUCCUGGCAGAGAACCACUGGAUGGACGACGAGACCAGAGCCGUCGCGAAAAGUAAAGCCGACUCCAUGAUCGAGAGGAUCGGAUAUCCAGAAUUCCUGAAGGACCCAGUUGAACUCUCCAACGAGUACGUGGUGCUGCGUAUCACUGAGGAUCACUUCUUAGAGAACGUUCUGGCGGUGGCGAAAUACGACGCUCAUCACAAUCUACAGAAACUACGGAAACCGGUCGAUAGGGACAAGUGGUCCACAGAACCUGCGGUCGUGAACGCUUUCUACAAUACGAACAAGAAUGAUAUUGCAGGAAUUCUGCAACCGUUGUUCUAUUCCCAGCAUUUCCCGAAGUCGUUGAAUUACGGUGGUAUCGGCGUGGUGAUCGGCCACGAGAUCACUCACGGUUUCGACGACAAGGGACGCCAGUUCGACAAGGAUGGGAACAUGAGGCAGUGGUGGAACAACGCCACCGUGAGUGCCUUUCGCAAGAGAGCUCAGUGCAUCGUGAAUCAGUAUUCCACAUACAAACUGCAAGAGUUCGGUUUGUACAUCAAUGGGAGAAUGACCCAAGGGGAGAAUAUCGCAGACAAUGGAGGACUCAAGCAAUCGUUCAGGGCAUAUAAGAAAUGGGUUUCCAUACAUGGGGAGGAACCACUGCUUCCUGGUGUCAACCUCACCCACGAUCAACUAUUCUUCCUGAAUUAUGCCCAGAUAUGGUGUGGUUCAAUGAGGCCGGAGGAUGCUUUGACAAAAAUCAGAAGCAGUGUUCACUCUCCGGGUCCUAUCAGAGUGCUGGGUCCCCUGUCAAACAGUGAGGAUUUUGCCAGGGCCUAUGACUGUCCUCCAGACUCUCCAAUGAAUCCAACGCAUAAAUGCAGUGUUUGGUAA